CUCCUCCUAUUCAGAGUUUUUUUUUUCUCUCGCUUUUUCUGGAGCUGGACAUCUACCAAGACCUGUAUGUUGACUCUCAGUGACUGUUUUAAUUCAGGACACGUUGUCAUUGCGUUUCUGGUCUCAGAGAUCGCAGAGUGAUACGAGACACAUGAAGUAGCGCAGCGUUUGCUGGUGAUUCUGAGGAGAUUUCAGGACGUUUAUUUACGAUUCAGAGAGACCCGUAUAAAGCCUUUGUUUGAUUAAACUUCAGCAUUUCAUCUCUCAAAUUAAUAAUCUUAUCAAUUAAAGAAUUUAUUCUCAUAUAGAAGUGUCCAGUCCGUAUAAAGAGCAGUGUUUGUGUUAUUUCCGCGGCGAUGGAGAGUAACAUGAUCGACGAGGUGAUCUCAGGUGUCUGUGACCCGUCCGCCCGAAAGCCUCACCGGGCGGCUCUGAUUCUGGCCCGCGGUGGCAGUAAAGGAAUCCCUCUGAAGAACAUCAAGAAUCUGGCCGGUGUUCCUCUCAUCGCCUGGGUUCUGAGAGCUGCCUUGGAUUCAGAAGUCGUUGACAGCGUGUGGGUUUCCACGGAUCAUGAUGAGAUCGAGCGCGUCGCAAGAGUCUGGGGCGCAAAAGUUCAUCGGCGCAGUCCUGAAGUGUCCAAAGAUUCGUCCAGUUCACUGGAGACCAUCCAGGAGUUCAUCCGAGUGAGACCCGAGGUGGACAUCGUCUGUCAUAUUCAGGCCACGUCUCCAUGUCUUCAUCCUCAUCACAUCAGAGAAGCCCUGCAGAUGAUCACUGAACAGGGCUGUGACUAUGUGUUUUCGGUGGUUCGCAGACACCAGUUUCGCUGGGAAGAGGUGGAUAAGAAAGAUGGUUCGAAUCCGACAUCUCCGAACCUUGACGUGGCACGCAGGCCUCGACGACAAGAUUGGCAUGGAGAACUCUACGAAAACGGCUCUUUCUAUUUUAGUACAAGAAAGGCUUUGGAAAACGGGCUUAAACAGUUGGAGAAGAUGGCCUACUAUGAAAUGCUGCCUGAGUACAGCGUUGAUAUCGAUGUGGACAUCGACUGGCCUGUCGCUGAGCAGAGAGUUCUGAGGUUUGGCUACUUUGGCCGAGAGGAGAAAGCGGCGGUCAGGCUGUUUCUGUGUAAAGUGUCUGGCUGUUUGACGAACGGACAAAUAUUCACAUCGGUUUCAGGCGAGGACCAUGUGGCCAUCAAUGCUCGAGACGUGGCAGGCAUACAGAUGCUGCAGAGAGACAAUAUAGAGGUGAUCCUCAUAUCCAACAUCAAUGAGCCGCUGUCCAGGGGUCUCCUGGAGAAGGUUGCCCAGUUGAUUGGCUGUGGACUUCAAUUUGUAGAGCAUCAGAAUGGGUUUGAGAUGGAGAUGCUGAUGAUGGAGAAGAAAGUGUGUUGGGAUGAAGUGGCCUUCAUGGGUUCAGAGUCUGAAGACAGAGAGAUCCUGUCUCAGGUGGGACUGAACGGCGUCCCGUCUGACGCACCCGUGGCGGAUCUCAUCGCAGCCAAAUAUAUGUGUCAGAGACCCGCCGGAAACGGAGCAGUUCGUGAAUUUGCCGAGUACAUACUGAUGCUGAAGAAAAAGAGCUUGAUGCCGGUGCACCAGGAGAACAUUGACAGGGCCAAUUUCUAGAUUCCAGUUCCUAUUUCCUAUUUCUUUACAAAAUAACACUAACAGUCAGUUUGGGUCGCUAUAAUCACAUGACAUUGAAUCUAACUUGGUGGUACUAUAGGAGAGGGUUGAGAAACCCUGCUUGAUCUUUAUAUAUUUACAUGUUCUUUCAAAUGCAAUAUUCAUUUACUUAUCACCAAUCAUUAUGUAUUUAUAUUUAAUCUUAUACUGUCUCCUCACAAUUUAGUAAAUUAUGUAAGGAUGUUAAAAACGGAAGUAAGGAAUCAUCCUCAUAUUAGUGAAAUCAAGGAUAGUUUGUUUUCCAUUACCUUCACUUUGGUAUAAUACUUGAUUCCAUUUAUGAAGUGAUGAAGUGUAAGGUGUGAUUCUGAUUAUUUCUAUGUAUGUACUUGUCUAUAUACUUGUAUGUAUGUGUGAUUGUGUGUGUGAGUGUGUGUGUGUGUGUGUGUGUGCGUGUGUGUGUGUGUGUGUGUGUGUGUGUGUGUGUAUGUAUAUAUUUAAUUUAUUUGAAGUUUCUGUAAUACAGCUCCUGUACUGGUUAAAUAUGUAUUGUUACAAUGUGAUGAAGAGAAGCAUGCAAGAACUGUUUCAAUUUAAUAUUCUGUAAUUGCAUUUUAACUGGUAAAAAUCUGAUUAAAGGGAAUUAUUAUUAUUAAAAAC